AUGUCUACCAAACCGCGCUCCGCUAUCUCUGUUGAACAGAAGAAAGCACUACGAGCAUACAAGCGAGACAAUCCUACCAAAAGUAACAUUUCCAUCAGCAAUUGGUUUAAGAGCACCUUCCAGCGACCUAUCGCGCUUUCCUCCGUUUCCGAGAUCCUUUCAAAGAGAUACGCCUUCCUCGAUGAACAGCACCAGCGACAACUAGCCCAGCAACGUUUCCGACGUGAACAUUGGCCAGAGCUCGAGGACGUUUUAUUUCAGUGGAUACAGCAUGCAGAGCGACAUAUCACUAUAACCAGUGCUACACUCCGUGAGAAAGCAGAGUUCUUUUGGAAGAACUUGCCAAAUUAUGAAGACCUAGAGAUGCCUACUUUCAGUAACGGCUGGCUACAAGGCUUCCAGCAACGCCGCGGGAUCAAGAGCUUUAAGCAAUUUGGUGAGCUUGCUAGCGCAGCAAAUGCUGAAGAUGAGAUGAACUCUAUUCGACAAGCUCUAGCAGGGUUUCAGCCACAGGAUAUAUUCAAUUGUGAUGAAACUGGGCUAUUUUGGAAACUUACACCUGAUCGAAGCCUUUCUACACACUCUUUACCCGGUCGGUGUAAACAGAAAGCGCGUAUAACUAUUCAUUUUUGCACCAAUGCCGAUGGAUCUGAGAAAUUACCUUUAUGGAUAAUUGGGCGAGCUGCAAAGCCACGAGCUUUCCAAGCUGCUCGGAUUAAUCUCCAAGCUCUUGAUGUCUAUUAG